GCGAAAAGUGUAUCAAAUAUUAUUUUGCAUUCAUUUGCCUUUUGUCUCGCAUUUGUGUUUCAUUUGCUCGCCUUUAAGUUUGAUUUGAUUGUAAUUUAUAUGAGAGUAACGUUAAUGAGAGGCAAGAAUAGGACAAAGUAGUAGUGAUGGCUGAAAGCGAUGAUUGCUAUCCCCUAAAGAUGUCGAUUAGGUGUGAGUUAUGUAACUAUAAGUCCAACAGAAAGAGUAAUUUUGAUCGCCAUAUGAAGUCUAUGCACGAGGAGUGCGAUCGCCCAAUUCAAUGUUGUGGACAAGUAUUCGUGAAUAAGGCGUCGCUGAAGAAACACAGCCAUCAGUUCCAUAAGGAAGGCUAUCGAUGCGAUGAAAAGUCGUGUAAUAAAGUGUUUCCUCGAAAGGCUUUACUCCGAAGACACCAAACGGUUCACAAUGGGAUCAAAGAGUUUUCGUGUGCGGACUGUAUGUACGAAAAUCGAUUAGGUUCCAACAGAAAGAGUAAUUUUGAUCGCCAUAUGAAGUCUAUGCACGAGGAGUGCGAUCGCCCAAUCCAAUGUUGUGGACAAGUAUUCGUGAAUAAGGCGUCGCUGAAGAAACACAGCCAUCAGUUCCAUAAGGAAGGCUAUCGAUGCGAUGAAAAGUCGUGUAAUAAAGUGUUUCCUCGAAAGGCUUUACUCCGAAGACACCAAACGGUUCACAAUGGGAUCAAAGAGUUUUCGUGUGCGGACUGUAUGUACGAA